CGCCAAGAAUGGCGACAGGGCGUUCUACAACGGCUCCGUCGGGAGGAUGCUCGUCAAGGACAUUGAAGUCAACGGUGGCAUCAUUACCAUGGAAGACGUACAAGACUACUACGUGGACGUGACCGAGGCCCUUGGCCGCACGCUGCGAGACAACGUGAGCGUCUUCGUGCCCCCGGCACCGUCUGGAGGACCCCUGCUGGCCUUCAUGAUUGCGCUCAUGGACAGCUACCGCCAGCAGAGGCCCGGUGGCUCGGGCUUCUCGCUGGACGAUAGCGAGGAGACCAUCCAUCGCUUCGUGGAGGCCAUCAAGUUCACGUACGCGAAGCGGAUGGAAAUCGGUGACCCGGGCCACAUCGACAUGCGAAACGUUCUGGAGCAGCUCGCAUCUGAAUCGUUUCUGGCGGAUGUCAGAUCCAAAAUCCGCGGCACGCCGUUCAGGGACAUGCGCUACUACGGUGUCCGCUACCAGAAGAUCGAGAGCCACGGUUCGGGCCAGAUCGUCAUCCUGAUGCCCGACGGAGAUGCCCUGGCACUAAUGGGCAGCAUCAAUGGGCCGCUCGGCGCCCUGGCCCUGUCCCCUUCGACGGGCAUCCUGCUGAACAACGAGAUGAACGACUUUGCCAUCCCCGGCGUCAAGAACGCGUUCGGGCUGCUGCCCAGCCACGUCAACUACAUCCGGCCCGGAAAGCGACCCACGUCCUCAAUCUCGCCGCUGGUGAUGACCGACGCCCAGGGUGACGUCACAAUGGUCGUCAGCGGAACCGGCGCAUUCAGCAUCAUUACCGGUGCCGCGCAGGUGGUGAUGCGGGCGCUGUGGAUGAACCACACCAUCAAGGAGGCCAUCGACGCACCCAGAGUUCACCACCAACUGUUCCCCGACGAGGUGUUGGCUGAACCUAAUCUUGACGUGGACGUGAAGCACGGUCUCAAGGCACGAGGCCACAGGGUGGCCGACUACAGCUGGUACGGGACCGUAGUGGGCAUCUCCCGCAAACCGGGAGAGAUCAUCCACGCCUGCCGCGACUAUCGCCCCUACGAUGUCAGCGGAAUAGACGGGGACUGAAGCACACCGCUCACGACUAUAACGUCACCGACAGCAUCAGAACGGCGAGGGGUCCCUCUCAAAACGCCCGGCCUCCACCACGCGAAUUCCGCCGUGCCUUGGCUAUGCUUGCA